CUUGCAGGCCGUGUAUAACUUGUGUUGGGUUAAAUAUUCCCGAAAGUUUUACCCAAAUGUGCAUUUUAUUCGUAAAGACUUUAAUAGAAUAUCACUUGCGUAAUGUAUUCGUGUUUGUAAACACAAACGUUUUAUAUUGUAUAUUUAGCAGCAAUAUCUAGUUUUUAAUCGGAGCAAAACCGUAAUUCAUUCACAUUCAUGUGUUUACUUCUAGUAGUUAUUGUUACCAUUCCGGGUUUAAAAAGUUAAAAUGGGUUUUGGGUAAAUAUUUAAAGAAUAAACUGACUUUUCCAGAGCCUCGGGGCAGGUUUUUUCAAACAAUCUUCCCCCUUAAAGUGUGCUGAGCCUGCCAGGCCAAACUCAGGGUAACAGUUACCAUAACUUCAGUCCACGAAAGACUUGGUAAGCUAGGCUAGGCUAAGCUAGCUUCCUCUCCGGUGUCGGCACCGGCGCUAACCCCCCCGCAAGCCCCGUGUUAACCUGAUACGAGUGAGGACACGCAGCCGCUGUGGAACCGUGCUUCACAACAUGCCGGUGCUUGUGUGCGUGUCUAGAGAGGCUAGCCGGCAGCAGCUACGAGGGAGUCUUGACUACAGCUGCUGCUAGCUGAAGUUCCACUGCUCGUCUGUGGAUGAGGUGCUGUUAGCUAGCUACACACACACAGACACACACACAGACUCACAGGUCGCGGCGGUGGAUACAUGUCUACCUCCGAGCCACGACACGAGAUACGAAAGAAGAGAAGAGGAAUAUGUCCAGGUAUAACAUUUACAGCCUGCUGGACUGGGUCUAUGGCGGCGUGGACCCGAAGUUCGAGGGCAACGGGGGGCCCGAGUGCGCCGCCUUCCUCGCUCCCCAGCAGCGGGUCAGCGAGAGCCUGGUGAUGGUCCUCAUCUCCCUGCUGGAGAUCGGCGUGGCGCUGAGGAAGAUCAACCUGACCAGGGAGCUCCGGGCGGUGGGGAAGGAGUGCACCCGGGCGAAGGAGGACAGUCUUGGGAAGAACCUGUUGCUGGUCGCCCUCUGCAUGACUUUUGGGGUGGAGGUCGGGUUCAAAUUCGCCACCAAGACUGUGAUCUAUCUGCUGAACCCAUGCCACGUCGUGACCAUGGUCCAGAUCUUCCUGCUGGCCUGCCCGCCGGGUAAAACAGCAAUGGUUGUAUUUAGGCUGCAGGUCCACAUGUUGAAUGGUGCGCUACUGGCUUUAAUGUUCCCUGUCGUCAACACCAGACUACUUCCAUUAGAGAAGGAGAUCUACUACAUCCAGCACUCCAUGCUGUACCUGGUGCCUAUAUAUCUGUUCAGGAAAGGAGGUGUAUACAAGCCUGAGCCUCUCGGGGACAUGUGGUGGGCAGUCCUCGCCACGGGUCUCCUGUUCCUCUACCACUUCCUCUUCUUGCAGGUUCUUGGCCUGGCGACUGAGGUCAACCUGAACAACAUGCUGUGCCCGGCCGUGUCCGACCCCUUUUACGGGCCUUGGUACCGGGUUUGGGCGGCGGGCCACCAGACUCUGCUGACCCUCGUUCACGGGAAGGUCCUCACACUCCUUUCGCAGCACACCGGCUCCGUCUGCAGAUACCUGCUGGACGCAGUCCGACUGCGCAGCAAGAAAGUCGACUGAAUGUUCGCAAAGAUGCACACAGACCUAGCCUUUCACUCGAAAUGCCUGCUCAUCCAGAUUUCUGUCUUUUUUUAAAGCAACAUUUUAAUGCAUCUUUUUUAGAUUUAACCAUCUGUUUUACUGAAACACGUGAGCAUUUCAGGGCCAGUGAAUCAAUAUGUCAUUCUUUUAGUGUUGUCGUUGGCUUGCAUACAUACAUACUUUCAUGGAGAGAUAUGAUAGGACUUCUAAGGCUGGCAGUUAGAGGUGUUGAGUUUGCCAGAGCUAACCUUGCUUGAAAAAAACGUUUCCAGAGAUAUGUAAGUGAAUUUGUGGAUGAUUUCCUAAGCUGCCUUUUUCUAACCGCUGUGAGGACAGAGAAAUGGGGGUCACCGAAAAUGUCACUACUGAUCUGCAGCUGUUACACUUUCAUUCCUUUACCUCUUUACGCUAGAUCUAUGUUAUGUUAGUAAAGCUGCCAUUUUAUUUGUCUCAUGAUUGUAAAUGUGAGCCGUCGUAAACGUUAUUGCUCGUUCGGUUGGAGUUUGUUUUUUUCGACACGUAUCAUCACUUCUCUGUGUUGUCACGACUGAAAAAAAAGACCAAACUUAUUUAUGGCGUACCCCUGUUCUCACUUCAUCACACACACAGACAGGCAGUGAACGCAUCGCUGUUCAAUGGCCUCCUCUGUGUUUCUGUUUCCACCCCGCUCUGAUCAUUCCAGCUGUAGUAAUCUGGGGACAUGGGGAUGUAUUACAUGCUGAGACUCCUAGUGAUGAACGAGGAUUUGUGGAUCUACACAGGGAUGUUAUUACCUCCCACCGAGGAGGUCAUGUUGUUUUUUGUCUUUUAUUUCCCGGUGAUGUCGGACCACGUUCAGUGAGGUAUAGAUCUCAGCGAGUUGAAUGAAUGGGAGGAGAACUCAAAACCUUUCUGGGCUGGAUUCAUGCAUAAUGACACUUGAAUACAAUUUGUUGCUUAAUCUUCCAAAGCAUCCUGAAUUCACUUCACCAUCAUAUUCGCAACAAAUCACGACCUCAGUUUUUUAACAAAUUGCAUCAAAUGAUCUUUAUGAGAUCACUUUGAGUCAUAUAUUGACUAUCCAUGUGAGAGGAAGUUUUGGCUGAUGAUGAUUGAAAAAUGUCAGUCUGGGUAUAACAUUUCAAUUAUGAGGGAUGUGUUUAUUACUGUAGCAUAUUAUUGUACUUCACUGUAAAGAAGGGAUAAGACAAAGUUUUGUAUUUUUAUCGGUUCAAGUGUAUGUUCUGUAUUGAGAAUAAAAGUGAUGUCGACUACU